GCCCCCACUCCCUUUCUCUCGACCCCUUCUAUUUCGCCCCCCAACCGCCCGCGCCCAGUCCGCGAAAGGCCGCGCUCGCUCCAGCCACCGCCUCCGCCCUUUUCACCUUCGAAACCCCGCCGAACCCUCGCCCUGAUCCUAUAUUUCCUUCUUGUUUCUAGCAUCAUCGACUCGAUUUCUUCAAGAUUUCUUCUUCAGUGCUGUUCUUUUGGCGGCGAUGGAGGUUUAUGCGUCCCUUGAGCGGGACUCGGGAAAGCCUAAUCCCAAACUCUCGAGCUUGCGGUCUUUAUAGAGGCCAAUUCGCUUGAGUUCGAGCUGCUCGAGCAGCGGGUAUUCUGACUUGGGAUCUAUGUUUUCGGCUGUUGUUGAUGUGAAUUGCGGUGCCCAACGUUGGAUUGGGACCAGCGUUUCUUGUUCCUGGAAUGUUGGUGCCGCGGAAUUCUUUUGGGUUAGCUCUCUCGCAGUUUCGUGGGCGUUCGCCUCUUGUUUGCCCGUGUGAAUUAGGAGAUGGAGGCAUCGGUUGUAGAAGAAGAAGAAGGAAGAGAUUGAACUUUGGGAUUCUUCUGAGUGAGUUUCGGAGGAGUAGAUGGCGAUGCGGGCCGUGCAUGCUUCCGGCUGAGAAUAAAAAUUCGAAUUUGGACGUUGACUUCUUGAAAUCUGCCAAGAGAAGUGUGAGAGCCCAGCAGCAAAUUGUCGCGAAACAGUUAUCCAGUGAACUGGAUUAUGAGGAUUCCGAGCCGAUGCAGAUGGCCUCCAGCUUCAGAAACUACCAGGACGAUCCAUUGGUGGAUAAAUUGAAGACUCAGCUUGGAGUGAUCCAUCCCAUCCCUUCUCCUCCCAUUAACAGGAGUAUUGCUGGCUUCUUUGUCUUUUUUUUCUGUGUUGGUGUUGUUUUUGACAAGAUUUGGACUUUUAGGAAGAGGAAUAAAUCAAUCCAGGAUGUUCGGAAUGGGACCUGGCCUCAGGUGCCGACUAGCUUCUCACUGUUUCUGGAAAAGGAUCUCCAGAGGAAAGAGUCAGUUGAAUGGGUCAACAUGGUUUUGGGAAAGUUAUGGAAGGUUUACAGGUCUGGGCUUGAAAAUUGGAUCAUCGGAUCGGUCCAGCCAGUGAUAGACAACCUCAGGAAGCCUGAUUAUGUGCAGAGGGUUGAAAUUAAGCAGUUCUCGCUAGGGGAUGAACCAUUGUCUGUUAGGAAUGUUGAACGAAGGACUUCUCGCCGUGUCAAUGACUUGCAGUAUCAGAUUGGCCUUCGUUAUACAGGUGGUGCUCGCAUGUUGUUGUCCCUAUCCUUAAAAUUUGGUGUUAUCCCGAUCGUUGUACCUGUUGGAGUUCGUGAUUUUGAUAUUGAUGGGGAACUUUGGGUCAAGUUACGUUUAAUACCUACAGAGCCUUGGGUGGGUGCUGUAUCAUGGGCUUUUGUCGCCCUUCCAAAGAUUAAAUUUGAGCUGUCACCAUUUCGUUUGUUCAAUCUUAUGGCAAUCCCGGUUCUAUCAAUGUUCCUGACAAAGCUUCUAACUGAAGAUUUGCCUCGACUCUUUGUGCGUCCAAAAAAAAAUGUCCUUGACUUUCAGAAAGGGAAAGCACUGGGUCCUGUUUCAGAUGAUUUCAAAACAAAUGCAAUUCAGGAAGGAAAUAAAGAUUUUGUUGGAGAGUUAUCAGUGACUCUAGUAGAUGCUCGGAAACUUGCUUAUUUCUUAUUUGGAAAGACGGAUCCUUAUGUUGUUCUAAGUUUGGGUGAUCAGGUAAUUAGAAGUAAGAAAAAUAGCCAGACAACUGUCAUUGGCCCACCUGGACAGCCAAUCUGGAAUCAGGAUUUUCAUAUGCUUGUUGCGAACCCUAGGAAGCAGAAAUUAUAUAUCCAAGUAAAGGAUUCCUUUGGAUUCCCGGAUUUCACUAUUGGCACAGGCGAGGUUGAGCUAGGAUCUCUUCAAGAUACAGUACCAACAGAUAGAAUUAUAACUUUACAAGGAGGUUGGAGAUUGUUUGGGAACCGAUCUUCUGGGGAAAUACUACUACGCCUCACAUACAAGGCAUAUGUUGAGGAUGAAGAUGAUGAUAGUGUAGAAAUGGAGUUUGUGGAUGGCGAUGCAUCUGAUGGUGAAAUACUAGACUAUGAGCAAGCGAAUGGCACAUAUGGACAAAGUAGGGGUGGCCCUGAUGAAAAACAAAGAGAAUCAUUUAUGGAUGUCCUAACAGCUCUGCUUGUAAGUGAGGAAUUUCAAGGCAUAGUGGCAUCUGAAACAGGAAAUGCUAAAGUUUCUGAGGAGUCCAAGUAUCCCGAAUCAACGAUGUCAAGAGCCCGUGGUCAGACAUCAUCUCUUGAACCUAAUAGUGUUUCAAGUGGUGCCAGAGACUCAACAUUAGCAUGGCUUGCUGUGAUUACAAGUAUAGUGGUGCUCAUUUCUAUUAAUAUCGGUGGUUCAAGUUUCUUCAAUCCAUGAUAUCAUUCACAAUACCUAUGAGGUCAUGUUCUGUCUGCAAACACAGUGACAACAUUUCACAGUAGAAUAAUACUCAAGUAUACAGUUCUUUCUGGUACCGGCAAUCUUUCUUUAUUUCUGGUGUAAAUUCAGCUUACCAGCAGAGGAACAUGUUCAUGCGGCCAUUUUUUCCCAUUUAUUUCCACUGAUAUUUAUUACUGUCGUCCCAUACCUCACAUCGAUAUGCCUUAACACUUGUAUUUCUGAAUUUUCUUCACUCUGUCAAGGCUUAAGUGAAAUGCAUUUGCAACUGCUUCAUGGCUGGUUGUUUUUGUGCAGAGGCCUAAUUUUUGUACUUUAACUUCCUCUAAGAUAGCAUUCCAAAAUUUAACCAUGCGUAUAUUUUCCAAGUUUUGUCUCUGUUUGCAAGGGUACCUCGAGUCAGUUUAG